CUUACUUUGACGAAGGUUAGGACGAUAUGGCGAAACUUAACGUAUUAGUUCAUCUUGGGACUUUAGUUUUAAUUAUUUCUUCGCUUUUAUUGCAUGGCGCGAAAAGUGAAUCUAGUUUGGACAUAAUCAAGCACGAGGAUGCGGAAGAAGGCCAACGUCAAGGUCCACCGACUAACAUAUCGGACAGGGGUGGCGGGGAAAACUCAGGGCUCCCAGUGUACCCUAAAUCCGGAUAUGACAUUACAAUCAACACCCUACCAGCUCCCCGGAGUAUAAACCCAAGAGAGGUCAACGCAAACACUGACACUGAAGAAGAAGUUGAUACCUUACUACCUGAAGAAGAUCUGGAUGGGACGAUAUUUGAAACACCGAACAAUGAAGAAAACGUAGACAAGGAAAUCAAUGAGGUUAAUCAAGAAUAUACUUUGAAGGAAAACGUAGACAAUGAGAUCGAUCAAAUAUCUUCUCCGAAAGAGGUUAUAGAGGUUUAUACAGACAAUGAAUCAGUUAAAGGUGAACAUGAAGAUAUUGAAGAAAAUACCAAUGUUAUUGUCGAAGAAAUUGAACCGGAAACAGAAAAUACAGAUGAGGUUGAGGAAUAUCAACAUGAUGAAAACACGGCGGAACAGGAUGAAGAAAGUGAAUCAUUUAAUGAAAUACAAAGGAUUCCGAUCAACUAUGAAGAUUAUGAUAUCACCACGAAAGAAAAUGUGAAUGCAGUUGGUCAAGAAAAUGCACAGGAAGAAAAUCAAAACGCAGAUGAAAUUGAUUAUGAAGAAGAGAGUAGCGAAGAGCAAGAAGAACAAGAAGAAGCAGACGAAGAAGAAGAUGAGUCCAUAGAAAGCGAUACUAUUUCAGAUGAAGAAAACGAUGAAGAAACAAUAGAGGGACUAAAUUUUGAUUUUGACAUAAUUGAAGACGACGAUGAAGAAAAUGAACAUCCUAUAACGGAGGAGGAAGAAGAAGAUGACGACGAACUAGAACAAAUUAACGAAAAUAGUAAUGAAUCUCCUGAUGCAUAUUUAGAUGAACACGAAGAAAUUCAAGUUGAGGAAGAUGAAAAUACAGAGGAAACAUUGGACUUAACUAGUUUUGAAGAGGAAGAAGGUGGCAUUGAAGACGAACAUCUAGAAGAGGAAGAACAUGUUAUUGAAGAUGAAGAAAGCGAAGCAGAAUUACCUGUAACGAAAGAAGAAUCCGAAUUGCAUGUAACCAACAAUGACGUUACAGAAUUCUCACAAGAGCACGAGGAAGAACCAAGAACAGACUAUGCCGAAGAUUUAGAAGAAAGAAUAGACGAAGAAUAUAUUCCAAAAAAUGAGGAGGACAUUUUUGAAAACUUGGAAGAUGACGAAAUGGACAAUGAAGAAGAAAUUACAGAAGAGUAUGCCGAAGAAGACAACACUCUUUUAGAUGAAACUGCAGAUGAAAGCAAUGAUCAGGUCGAAACGGAAUCACACAUGACUGAUGACGAGGUGGAAUCACCUGGAGAUCUCAUGGACAUUCAGUUUCAGCCGGUUGAAAUAACUAAGGAAGCCGAUUUCGCAUACCCCAAGGAGAAUGCCGCCUGCCUUUUGCCAGUGAAGUCGGGCUUCUGUAAAGCUUACUUCCAACGGUACUUCUACAACACGAACACUAAAGAGUGUGAGUUGUUCAUCUACGGGGGCUGUGGCGGGAAUGCGAACAAUUUUGAAACCCUCGAUCAGUGUACACAAAUGUGUUCUUUGACCCAUUCAUCAUGACAGUGCUAGUGUAUUUCUAGGGAUAAGGAAUAUGACUGUGAUUUCGGUCAAAGUGAUUAGAUUAAUUCCCAGGGCCGAUAUUUCGGAGUUCUUCCAUUUUCCCCAACACUUUGGCUGCUGAAACUCUCUAUGGUUUUACAAUUUUUUUUAAACUAAUCACCGAUCUGCGAAUUGUGUCGGUGAUUGGAAUUUGAAGGUUUGGCAAGAAUCUUCCAUUUUCCCCAACAUUUUGGCAGUUGAAACGCUCCAUGGAUUUACAAUUUUGAAAUUUAUCACCAAUCCGAGAAUUGUGUUGGUGGUUGGAAUUUAAAGGUUUUGAAAUAAUAAAAUGUUAACAAAACUGCAAUACAAGUUGCAAGAAAAUGUUAGAACUCCGAAAUCAGACAAGUAUUACAACGUAGCAAUUCUGUGAUAAUCAGCAAUUUGAUGGCGGUGCUCAAAAUGUUCACGUCUCAUCAACACCAUACUUUCCUUUUUCAAAUCAUACCCACUGUGUAUUUGACAUACAGAAUGGACGCGUAAGGAUUUCAUUUCUGAAAAAUACGUGUAGCGUAUUAUGUGCAAUAUAUGAUUUAAACUGUAAUGAGUUAAAGGAUUUAUUCAACUCUUUCUGAAUGGAGCGAAUUGAAAGAGUUAUAUUUGUCUUAAUGGUACUUGUAUUGCACACUGUCGAAGAUGCGACUUCAAGCAUUAUAUGUAUUAUUUCUUCUAACACGGGAAAACAAUAUUUACACAACACUUUGCUAGUCAGUGUACUUUUCCCGUUUCAAUUCUUAAUUGCAUUGUAGUUUCUUUCGUUUUUCGUCGAUAAUUUAUAAAUGCAUACAUUUGAGAAAAAUACGAGAAUAUAAAUGUUGUUUAUUUUGAAUGUAUCACUGUACAUAAAUGAUGUUACAUAUAUAAUGUUAU